UGUAGGAUGAUUCCAAAGUGGAAGCUUUCUAAGUCGCUUUCCCCGGCGGCAUCAGAUAAUACUUUUCUAUGCUAUUCUGUUAACACAGAGCUUCACUACAUAUACAUAUAUACACACAUGCAUACAUAUACACACUAAGAUUCCUGAAUAUUUGUUCAUAGCUUUUGCUUCAAACAAACCAAGGCAGCACCCGAUGGCUUAUGGUUGGAUACCUACUCCCGCUGCAUUCGUAUUAUUCGCCAUUUUGACUGUAGCCGUAAGCCAUGGUGCUCGUCCAAGGAAACUUGAUGUAGCUCAAGUGCCAAGAAGAAAUCUGCUUAAUAAUGGUCUUGGUCACACUCCUCAAAUGGGAUGGAACAGUUAUAAUCAUUUCCCCUGCAAGAUUACUGAGGAGCUAAUUCGGCAGACAGCUGAUGCUAUGGUUUCUAGUGGACUGUCAGCCCUUGGAUAUGAGUAUAUUAAUCUAGAUGAUUGUUGGGCUGAAUUGAAUAGAGACUCUGAGGGCAACUUAGUGGCAAAAGCUUCUCUUUUUCCCUCUGGGAUGAAGGCACUGGCAGAUUACGUCCACAGCAAGGGGCUUAAGAUCGGGAUUUAUGCUGAUGCUGGGACUUUAACGUGCAGCAAGCAAAUGCCAGGGUCUCUUGGUCAUGAGCAACAAGAUGCUAACAUCUUUGCUUCUUGGGGUAUUGACUAUCUAAAAUAUGACAAUUGCCACAACCAAGGAGUGAGCCCACAGGAAAGAUAUUCAAAGAUGGGCAAAGCUCUUCUAAACACCGGUAGACCUAUCUUCUACUCUCUUUGCGAAUGGGGCUUCGAAGACCCAGCAACUUGGGCACCUAGCAUUGGGAAUAGUUGGAGAACAACUGGAGACAUCAAGGAUACUUGGGAGAGUAUGAUAUCGCGUGCUGAUAUUAAUGAUAAAUGGACUUCUUAUGCUGGACCUGGAGGAUGGAAUGACCCAGACAUGCUUGAGGUAGGCAAUGGAGGAAUGUCAACAGAAGAAUACCGCUCUCACUUCAGCUUAUGGGCUUUAGCUAAGGCUCCACUUAUUCUUGGGUGCGAUAUCCGUUCCAUGGAUGAUGACACAUUCGAAUUGCUUAGCAACAAGGAGGUUAUAGCUGUUAAUCAAGAUAAGCUGGGGGUUCAAGGGAAGAAGGUCAGAAAGACUGGAGAUCUGGAGGCUAGAGUAUGGGCUGGUCCUUUAACUGAGAACAGAGUUGCCUUAAUCUUAUUAAACAGAGGUUUAUCGAGUGCUACCAUAACUGCAAAAUGGGAUGACAUUGGGCUCAACUCAUCUACAGUAGUUGAUGCUCGAGAUUUGUGGGCGGUAUGUAAAGCUACAGUUGCUUUUUUUUGGGCUCAAAACUUUGAUUUCUUUGACGUACAUGUAGUCCAAGCUAAUAUCAAAGUUGUUUGAUAUUCUGGCAGCA